AUGGCAGCCGUAUGUCACAUCUCAAUAAAGUACUCACCUCUUCCUGUUGCCGGUCCAGAUCUCAUCUCCAGCGUUCCCCAUCCUGCCCUUUGCCCUGGGAGGCUGUCUGAUGUCAUCUGCUACGGCCUGAAUGCUUGUGGCCACCCCCCACCCCCAAUUCAUAUGCUGAAGCCUGAAUCUCCAGUGUGUUGGUAUUUGGAGGUGGGCCCUUGGGAGGUAUUGGAAGAAUUAUGUUAUAAGUGGGAGGCCCUCAUAAAUAGGAUCGGUGCCCUUAUAAGAGAAGUGAGAGGCAUGUCUGUCUCUGCUAACUUUUUUUUUCCCCUACAGUUUUUAAAUUUUUUUAUUCUUUAUUUUUGGCUGGACUGGGUCUUCGUCCUUGCUGUGCAGUUUCUCUCUAGUUGGCGAUGA